UUGGGGUCAAGACACGAGGAUGGACUUCUUGCGCGAGGAACAGGCCAAGUACCCGGCGCUGGCCGCGCGCUACGCGAGCCUCGGCGAGCUCUACACGCGGAAGCUGUAUCAUGAGCUCACGACAGAGCUCCUCGCCUUUGUGAAGGACGAGACCUCGUCCGUCGGCAGCAACUGGGUCGACCUCUACACGCGCUUCAUCGCGACCUUCCAGGACAAGAUCAACCAGCUCUCGCUCAUCCGCAUCUGCGGCGAAAUUGCCACGCGCUACACGGAGCCCGCGCAGGCCGUCGCGUUCCUCAACGGCAUCCUCACGCAUCUGCACACGAAGAAAAGCUCGGUCUCGUCGUACGCGACUGCCAACCCGCACGCCAUCGAGUCGGUCUUGAUGUGCCGCAUGUACAUGGCCAGCUACCAGCUGCGCCUCUCGCAGACGGCCGAGGUCAAGGCGCUCCUCGCCGAGAACAAGGAGACUGUCGAGGGCCUUGUCGGCGCCGACCCGCUCGUGCAUGCGGCCUAUUACCGCGUUGCGUGCGAAUACUACUCGGCUGUCGGCCCGGCCGACAAGUUUUACAAGAGCGCGCUCAUGUUUCUCGCGUACUCGCUCUACGACGACAUCAAGCCCGCCGAGCGCUUCUCCCUCGCGAUCAACCUCAGCGUCGCGGCGCUGACGGGCGAAGACGUCUUCAACUUUGGCGAAGUCCUGGCAACACCCAUCUUGGGUGCGCUCAAGGGUACGGACAAGGAGUGGCUCUCGGACCUCUUGCACGCGUUCAACCGUGGCGACAUUGACCAGUUCAACAUCAUUGUCGGCAACCACCGCGCCCAGUACAACGCCCAGCCGGCGCUCGUCAACAAGGAAGACUACGUCAAGGAGAAGGUCGCCUUGCUCGCGCUCAUGGUGCUCAUCUUCCACCGCCCGUCGAACGAGCGCAACAUUUCGUUUGCCGACAUUGCGGCCGCGACGCGCCUCCCGCUCAACCAGGUCGAGUGGCUCGUCAUGCGCGCGCUCUCGCUCGGCCUGAUCAAGGGCUCGAUCGACCAAGUGGACGCGGUCGUUUCGGUGCAGUGGGUCCAGCCACGCGUCUUGGAGAAGGACCAGCUCGGCGAACUGCAGGCGCGCCUCGGUGCGUGGGGCGCCAAGGUCAACGAGACGCUGCUGUACGUCGAGGACCAGACGCCCGAGCUCUUCCAGUAAGCGACGCGUUAAACCGAUCUCUCAACACGAGGCUGCGUCUACGAGCA